AUGGAAAACCGCUUGUAUGGUGGAUGUGUAGAUAUCUGUGCCACUGGAGUUGGUAAGCAACAUAAAGAUGAAAAAAGUAAGGAUGGCUAUGUUCCUGUGUCCAAACCAAUGGAGUCACAAGCCUCAAACAGUGUUGGAAGUAAGAGAGUAAGACAACCAGAAAACUACGAAGACGAGGAUUAUGAUAUUUCUUCGAAAAAGCCACGGCAAAACAGAUCAUUUAACAAUGAUGAAGUUGAGAAAAACAACAUGUCUGAAGAAACAUUUUUAAGAAAUACUAUCGAAGAUGAACAUUCUUAUGUUCAAGGAGAUAAGGUAUAUCUUGAUUGUCCUGAUCCAGAUUUCAAUAAUUUCGAGAAGGAAACAGCAGAUGAUUGUUUUGCUGUUAAUCAAUUUUGGGCAGUUUAUGAUACCACUGAUGCUAUGCCAAGAUUUUAUGCUCUUGUCAAGAAAGUAACCUUCCCUUUCAAGAUGCAUAUUACUUGGUUGGAAGCCGACCCAGACAAGGAUAGUGACGUUCAUUCGUAUAAUGCAGGUUUGCCUAUUGCUUGUGGUAAAUUUAAACUUGGUAAAUCUCAGAAAACUACAGCUCGUGGUAUGUUCUCUCAUCAGAUUCUGUGUAUAAAAGGAAGUGGCAAAGGCUCUUAUCUAGUGUUUCCCAAGAAGGGAGAAACUUGGGCAAUUUUCACAAAUUGGAGUUCUAAUCCAGAAAAUUUCCGGAAGCGUGAAUUUGCUUAUGUUGAAAUCCUAUCAGAUUUUGCUGAAAAUGUUGGUGUUCAAGUAGCUUACCUAGGCAAAGUUAGAGGGUUUAUUAGCCUCUUUGAGAAAACUAGGAAGAAUGGAGCAAACACAUUUCAUAUUCUACCUAACGAGCUAUACAAAUUCUCACAUCGAGUGCCUUCUUAUAAGAUGAGCGUUGAUGAAAGGAAAGAUGUUCCAAAAGAUUGUUUUGAACUUGAUACUGCUGCACUGCCAACCGAUAUAUUUGAAGCUGAAAAAAAUUCCUCAAUCCUUGGAAGAUCAAGGGAAAAAGUAUGA